CUCAAACCAUCAUCUAAACUAGACUAUAAAAAGAGACGAAACGCAUGUAUAACUUCACCAUCAAAAGCAGAAAGAAGUAGAAAAAUGAGAAGCAUUUCAUUCAAACUUUUGUUAUUGGUUUCUCUUCUUGUCGUCGUUUCUCGAUACACUCUUGCGUAUGAAGAUUCUUGUUCGACAGAUGAAGAAUGCAGAAGAAACUGCCUAUGUGAUGUAGCAUAUUGCGACAAAAGCCGUGAUAAGUGCGAUUAUGGAUUUAUGAAUAGAGUUGAUGUCCGUUUUCCCAAACAUCCUUAUAUUUCAAAAAAUAAAGAUGGUAGUGGUAGAUGAUCUCCACUGCAGUGAUUGAAAUUGUAAUGAUACAAGUGAAUGUAUGUCGU